AUAGCCAACGAACAAACAUAUAGCUUAAAAAACAAAAAGAAAAAGCUCUAUCCGGCAACAACUAUAUUCGUAGCGUUUAUUUUAGUUAGAAUUGAGAAACACGCAGAAAAUCCAGAUGGCUUGCUUGCAUGAUCACGAUUGCGGCGACCAUAACUGUUCCUCUGAUUGGUCUCUCUUCAAGCAUAUCGACCUUCCCAAGGUGUCUGCUUUGAAUGAGGCUGUCACAGGGAGUGUCAAAUCAGUUUUUAAACCAUGGGAGCAGCGUUUGAAUUCUUCGGAGGGCCACUUGGAAAGCAAUGAAGAUGAUUCUGAACUGAUUGUUUUCAUUCCGUUCACAGCAGAUGUUAAGAUCAAGAGCAUAGCAAUUGUUGGCGGUGCUGGUGGAACAAGUCCAUCUAAGAUGAGGGCAUUCAUCAAUCGAGAUGGCAUUGAUUUUUCAGAUGCUCAAUCUAUGCAAGUGGUUCAGGAAUGGGAUUUAGCCGAAAAUUUGCAAGGAGUUCUAGAGUACCAGACAAGGUACACAAGGUUUCAAAGUGUGGGAAAUAUCACUUUGCAUUUCCCUGAUAACUUUGGUGCUGAUACAACACAAAUACACUAUAUUGGCUUGAAAGGAGAAGCCACACAGAUGAAGAGGGACGUUGUUGCAAAUAUUGUUUAUGAGAUUAUGCCUAACCCCUCUGAUCACAAGACUCAGGCCGAGACCGGUGGAGGCUUUUCACAUGUGGAAUAAGUUGUGUUAUAUGCAGCUCUUAUGAGUAGAGUGCUUUCUCUAUUAGAUGUACACUGCAGUGGAACUUAUACCCGGGAAUAAUUAGAUAAUUUACUGAAGUCUGCACUGCAUUUCUCAGGAAAAUGCUGAUUUUAGAGUAGAUUUGAAGAGUUUUCUUGCUGGAAACUGGUAGCUUAAACAAACAGUUACGGGGCACUAACCUCAUAUUUAUAAUUGCAAAUAUAUGCACCUUUUGGAGACUA